AUGGCGCCACGCAAACCCCAGUCCUGGGCCAAAGUCCGCGCCGCCGGCAUUGCCGCGAACAAAGUCAAGAACGCAUCUGCCACACCUCAAUCCGCUUGGACCGCUCUCAUCCACCAGAACAACGAGCACGCUGGCAAUCUGCGCGCGCUGAUCAACCGCAAGGAGGAGGAGGCGCUAUUUGGGGAUGACGACGAGGAGGAAGAUGCGGGUGAUGACGUUGAGGGAGAGAAGAAGAAGAAGGGAAAGAAGGCAACCGAAAAGUCAAAGCCCAAGCCCCAGAAAAUCACGAAGUCCACCAAGCCCAAGAAAGGCCAAACCUCCAAACCAGCGCGAACGACCCGCAGCUCCAAACGCAAGCCUAUUAUCGAAGACGACGCCUGCGAGCCCGAGAUCGAAUUCUGGCGUCCCUACGGCGGCGAGACCAGCAAAGACCCCGGCGCCACCUCUUGCCUCGGUCUCGCCCGUCUCUCGACCUGGCAGUACCCAAAGUUCGAGGAGGCGAUGAAGGGGCUUCUGGAUGUGUACGCAGCUGGUGCCGAGCUGGAGACCGAAGAAUGGAAGCAUGGUGGCGAGUCGGUGACGGAUGUGUUGGCGAGGUUUAAUAGCGAGGAGCAGGCUACUCUGAUCAAGGAUCAGAUUGAGGGGGAGAUGGUGAAUGGACGGAAGGUGCAGGUGAGGUUUGUGGACGAUGCGUAG